CAACUGACGCACGAGAUGCAAAUUACCCUAUCAGCUUCUUUGGCUUCCUGCCUUGCUGCUGCCAAGAAGCCGGGUCACCUUCAUAGUGGCGAUGCCUCGGCCGGGAAACAGACACGGCUAGAUGCAGAGCGACAUCCUGGCCAAGUGCUGGCUCUCUUCGAGGCGGUCCAGUUUGCGGCACGUGCCGAGGAUGCAAUCAUCGAAAGACGCCUGGUGCAGCUUAAACAACAGUUACAGGCAAGUAAAAAUGACCUGCUUUCGAUGAUGCUGCGGUUUUAG